UUCCGCAGCGCACGUGUCCGAGGACGCUGUUGGAGGGCCCCGCUGCCAGCUCGUGCGCCGUCUAACACCGCCGCCUGGGAAGGUUGGUGUCUGCGGCGGAAGAGCGUUGUCUCGAAGAGUGCAGACGGCUUGGAGCGUCGUCCGAAACAGCGUCAGAUCGAGACAACGUUCAUAGGACGGCAAGGGCAAGUCUUCAGAAAACAGCAGAUCAAGUCUCCAGGCGGUUAUAGGACAAAUCCCCAGAUAGGGUCAAGAUAAGUCUCCGGACCGAGACGGGACAUUUCCCGGACCAAGGCAGGACAAGUCUCCAGAAAGUGACCGGGGGAGUCUCCAGACAUCAAAGAGGUGGAAUCCGGAAAAGGAAGAGGUGCGGAAUACGAAAGGUGCAUGCCUCAGAGACGCUAACAGAAUCAAGAUCCACGAUGUGUUCGACGGAAGGACGCAGGACAGAGGCUAGGUUUCUCUUUUCGGUGGCCCUGGUGCAUCUGGCUACCGCCUGCAUGCCGGAAAUGAGCUUCUUCCGGUUUGGAGGUUGCCCAAAUAUGACUGCUGCGUACGGGCAGGACCUUUAUCAGGCCAGCGGACGGUGGUACGUGCUGCGUACCUCGACCAGCAAGGCUUUGUGGCCAGCCACCUGCACGACAGUCGACGUCGGGCAGCCGUACACCAACUCCAGCCGGUACGAGCUCCUGUACCGAUACCGCAAGGCCGAACAUGAUCACGUGGAGGUGGUAAGAGUGGAGCAGGACGCGUCCGGUGGAGGGAUCCACGUGCAGAACAAGUGGCUGCUGGGGCUGUUCGGGCGGGAGCGGCUGGUGCUGGACACGGACGGCUCCGGGCUGGCGACCGUGCUGGCCUGCCAGCCGCUGCUGCUGGGCCACAUGACCUAUGGCGCAGCUGUGGAGCCGGAACGCCACCGGGGUGGACAGCGCUCAGGUGGACGCGGCGCUGCGGGCGCUGGCCGACCGCGGGGUGGCAGUGACGGCGCUGCCGACCGUCACGCAGAAUGAAUGCCCCGGUAACAUCGACCCCAGGUAGACGCGUGGGAGUGCCAGGAUGCGGGCUCGUGCACACGCCGGUGAUGGAGCGCCGUCGUGCGUCUGUUGGGUGCACAGGGGUGUGUUCGGUGUUGAUUUGGCUGUUGUUCGGUUAUUGAGGGAACCAUGAAAUGUGUCUUCAUAUGACGUCACAUGGUUUGGUUAGGCUCAAACAUGCAGGCUCCCCUCGCUGUGUCCGGUUAAGUUCAAGUAUGCAGGCUACCGACCGCCGCGUUUGUUAAGUUCAAGCAUGCAGGCUUACAUUGCUGUGUUUGGUUAAGUUCAAGCGUGCAUGCUCCCAUCGCUGUAUUUAGUUAAGUUCGAACAUACAGGCUCCCAUCGUUGCGUUUAGUCAAGUUCAGGCAUGCAGGGUCCCAGCCCUGUGUUUAGUUAAGUUCAAGCCUACAGGCUCCCAUCGCUGUGUCUGGUUCAGUUCAAGCAUGCAGGGUUACAUCGCUGUGUUUAGUUAAGCUCAAAAAUACAGGCUCCUAUCGCUGUGUUUAGUUCAGUUCAAGCAUACAGGCUCCCAUCACUGUCCCAUCGCUGUGUUCGGUUGGUCUUUGAAAGCAAUAAA